GUGUGAGUGUCCAUUCGGGAAACGUCCCUUGAGGUCUUUCCCGGCAUCAGGCCAGGUCCGAUUAUCGCUGAGGCAACACGUCCAGAGUCGAUUCUCGUUCUUCCUUUCUCGUAUCUCAUUUCCCUCCACCAUGCGUGAGGUGAUCUCCAUUCACAUCGGCCAGGCCGGUGUCCAAAUGGGCAACGCCUGCUGGGAACUCUACUGCCUCGAGCACGGCAUCCAGCCCGACGGCCAGAUGCCAUCCGACACCAACACGGCCAACGACGACAGCUUCAACACGUUCUUCUCCGAGACGGGCUCCGGUAAGCAUGUGCCGCGCGCCAUGUUCAUAGACCUCGAGCCAACUGUGAUUGACGAGGUGCGCACGGGCACGUACCGCCAACUCUUCCACCCGUCUCAGCUUCAGUCCGGCAAGGAGGACGCCGCCAACAACUACGCCCGCGGACACUACACCAUCGGCAAGGAGGUCGACGAGGUGUCCAUGGACCGCAUCAGGAAGCUGGCCGACCAGUGCACCGGCCUGCAGGGCUUCCUCAUCUUCCACUCGUUCGGCGGCGGCACCGGCUCCGGCUUCACCUCGAUGUUGAUGGAGCGGCUUAGCGUCGACUACGGCAAGAAGUCCAAGCUGUGCUUCUCGAUCUACCCAGCCCCGCAAGUGGCCACAGCCGUGGUGGAGCCGUACAACGCACUGCUCUUCACGCACACAACUCUGGAGCACACUGAGGUGGAAUUUAUGGUCGACAACGAGGCCAUUUACCAGCUGUGCCAGAAGAACCUGGACAUCGAGCGCCCGACGUACACCAACCUGAACCGGCUCAUCAGCCAAGUGGUCUCCUCAAUCACUGCCUCGUUGCGCUUCGAAGGAGCGCUCAACGUGGACCUCACGGAGUUCCAGACGAACCUGGUGCCGUAUCCGCGCAUCCACUUCCCGCUAGUCACCUACGCACCAGUCAUCUCGGCCGAGAAGGCCCAGCACGAGAAGAUGUCGGUGGAUGAAGUUACGAAGGCCUGCUUCAACCCUGACAACCAGAUGGUCAAGUGUGAUCCUCGAGGAGGCAAGUACAUGGCCUGCUGUCUCCUGUACCGUGGUGAUGUGGUUCCCAAGGACGUCAACGCCGCCAUCGCCUCAAUCAAGAACCAGCGCACCAUUGAGUUCGUCGAAUGGUGUCCGACCGGCUUCAAGGUGGGCAUCAACUACCAGCCGCCGACCGUGGUGCCCGGCGGCGACCUGGCUAAGAUGCAGCGCGCUGUCUGCAUGCUGUCCAACACCACUGCCAUCCAGGACGCCUGGGCGCGCCUAGACCACAAGUUCGACCUGAUGUACGCCAAGCGCGCCUUCGUGCACUGGUACGUCGGCGAGGGCAUGGAGGAGGGUGAGUUCUCCGAGGCCCGUGAGGAUCUGGCCGCUCUGGAGAAGGAUUAUGAAGAGGUUGGUGCAGGAGUAGUUGAUAACGACGAAGAAGAUGAGUACUAGAAAUAAUAUCAAAGGAGCCAAACACAUUUGAAGCGGGCGUCCUGCUACAACAGAAUCGCAUCAGUUUUCACUUAUGUUAAAGCCGAGCUUACGUGGAGUCAUGCACUUAACCGGAUCUUUUUGAACCGAGCAUCGUGUAGGUUACGACGUGUUUCAUGAUUGUUACGUGCACUUCACAACACACAUUGGGUGAUAUCCCGCCUAGUCACUU